GCCGCCCAAUUUGCCUUUGCAGAGGCCAAACAAGGAGGUAAAUAAAAGCGAAUUCGAUCACUUCCGAUCGUCUCUUGGGUUUCUGCAGCGCUCCUCCGGCUUCCUUCUCUCCCUCGAGUUUCCUCCAUGGAAUCUCUCUCCGGCUCGGCUGCCCUCUCCGGGAAGAUUAAUCCCUGCCUCACUUGCAGGCACUCUAGUUCGGCCCUCGUCAAACUCCCAGCCUUUGGAUCCUGUUGCAGCGGAGUGCGCCGAAAGGAAGCGUCUUUGAUGCUUUCGAGUCCUUCGCAGCGUAGAAUAAGACUAGGCAGGGCCUUUGCACUUGAAGCCUCCGGAGGAAGCGUGGAGGAAAACGGGGCUCUGUUGAACGGGUUGAAUUUCUCGAUCGACGAUGGACCAUUAUUGCUGGAGAGCGAGUUACCAAAUGGUGGUUACCAGAGUUUCACGAGCAAAGAGCUGGAGACGGGAACACCUGCUACAUUUGAGAAUGAUGGACUCUUCAGGUCACCAAUUUUAGGUGGUGUACUAACUGCAACUUCCACCCAUAAUUUACCUCAGCCUUCUUUGGAUGUCCGUAACCUAAUGGAGCAGGCCAGGUUUGGUCAGCUAUGCACUAUAAUGUCACAUAUGCAUCAUCAUCGUAUAGGUUAUCCUACUGGUUCAUUGGUUGAUUUUAUUGUCGAUUCACUUGGGCAUCCAGUUUUUUCACUCUCUCCUCUAGCUAUGCACACAAGGAAUCUCCUGGAGGAUUCAAGAUGCUCUCUGCUUGUACAGAUACCGGGAUGGAGUUCACUAUCAAAUGCCCGUGUUACAAUAUUUGGUGAUGUGUUUCCACUUGAAGCCGAUCAACAGGAAUGGGCUCGCCAACAAUUUGCUGCAAAACACCUACAAUGGGCAUCCCAGCAAUGGAGCAACUUCUACUAUUACAGGAUGCAAAACAUUAGUGACAUAUAUUUUAUUGGAGGAUUUGGAACUGUUGCGUGGGUGGAUGUGAAGGAAUAUGAGACCAUGAAACCCGAUAAGAUUGCUGCUGAGAGUGGAGAACAAAAUUUGAAGGAACUUAAUGCAAUGUUUUCGAAGAAACUUAAAGAUAUCUUAUCAACAAAAGUUGAGAUAGAUGAUGCUGCCUUCAUAUCUGUAGAUAGUAAAGGCACUGAUGUUCGGGUUCGACAAGGCGCACAGUUUAGCAUUCGAAGGAUAUCCUUCGAGGCUGAACGUGAAAUUCAAACUCUGGAUGAUGCAAAAGCUGCUCUUGUAAUGAUAAUAAAAAGGCAUCGCAAGUCGAAAUCCUCAACCGAAUAAUUUCUUUGUUAGCUUUUAUGUAACUUAAUAUCUCUUUUCUUCUAUAGUGAGACAUCCGAAUGGCUAUUUAGUGACUCGGAGAGGGACAUUUGAAAGUUAAUUUGCUAAACUAUUUGUUAUAAGUUUUUUUUUGUUCUUUUAAAAAAAAAUGUCCUGGAUAUUUCGAGAUGUCUACAUAGUUUUUUUUUUUUUGAUCAAAGAUCCGUAUAAUUGUUUACUCUCCCUUAUUUGAAUUACUUUUUGGUAGUGUUUUUGGACCA